UAGCAACAUCACCAGCUUCUCAGUUGUCACCAACUGAAUUGACGGAAAUGCGGAAUGAGCUCUUUAAUAAAGAGAAAAGCAGGCAGUUAUCAUUAACUCCUCGAACUGAGAAGAUUGAGGUUAAACAUGUUGGAAAAACUGACCCUGGCACUGUCUUUGUGAUGAAUAAAAAUAUUUCGACUCCUUAUAGUUGUGCCAUGCAUUUAAGUGAGUGGUACUGCAGUAAGUCCAUUUUGGCUCUUGUGGAUGGACAGCCGUGGGACAUGUACAAGCCUUUGACCAAGUCCUGUGAGAUUAAAUUUCUCACUUUCAAAGAUCGGAAUCCAAGAGAAGUGAAUAAGGCUUAUUGGCGCUCUUGUGCUAUGAUGAUGGGCUGUGUAAUAGAGCGAGCAUUCAAGGAUGAGUAUGUCAUUAGUUUGGUCAGAGCUCCAGAAAUUCCUGUAAUUGCUGGAGCCUUCUGCUAUGAUGUUGUUUUGGAUAAGAAGCUGGAUGAAUGGAUGCCAACUAAAGAGAAUCUACGUUCCUUCACAAAAGAUGCUCAUGCUUUAAUUUAUAAAGAUCUUCCAUUUGAAACUUUGGAAGUUGAUGCGAAAGUGGCAUUAGAAAUAUUUCAGCACAACAAGUACAAACUAGAUUUUAUAGAAGAAAAGGCAUCUCAGAACCCAGAAAGAAUAGUCAAGCUACACAGAUUCGGUGACUUCAUAGAUGUGAGUGAGGGGCCUCUCAUUCCAAGAACAAGUGUUUGUUUCCAGUAUGAAGUGUCUGCAGUUCACAACCUUCAAACCACCCAGUCAAAUCUUGUACGAAGAUUCCAAGGGCUCUCUCUUCCUACUCACUUAAGUGCAAAUUUCAAAAUAUGGACUAAACUGUUGGAAAGAUCACGGAAAUUGGUAACUGAAGUUCAAACUAGUCCAACAAAGGAAAGUGCAUCUACACAUAAACCUACAGAGGAAAGGUCCACUAAGAGUCUAAAUCGACUAGGUGGCAAUGGGUUUGGCCCUUACGUGUCUAUUUGUAAUCACCACUUCUCUGGCUACUCCAAAAAAGUAAACCAGUCCCGGGCUAAACCACAGGGUGCCACCCUCCAAGGCCUGGCAGGCGCACGUGGGGCCGGCCGGGCGCACCGAGCCACGUGUCCGCCGCCCCCGCCCUCGUCCCGGGGCCGCAGGGCGCCUUCCAACCCCGGCCCCGCCGCGUCCCCGCCGCCGCGCAGGAGAGGGCGGAGAGAGGGAAGAGCAAAGCCGGGCAUACCUGCGGGGCCCAGAGCGGCCUCCUUCUUCCCGCGCUCCUUUGUUGAGCGCGCGGCGCCGUCUCCUCCCUGCCGAGGCCGCCCGCGCUCCGAGGUGGCCGCCGCGCUGCGCCCGGGCUCGGCGGCGCACAGGAAGCCCGCGCCUGCGAACGCGCGACCCUUUUAUAACCCACUUGUGACUCAUAACCGAUCAGACGCCUUUGCUGUAAAACCCCCCGCCUCGCCCCCCUCCUGCGGGUUCUUGGAACCUACGGCUUGA